UUCUGUUCUGUUCAGCGUUCAACGUUCAGUGUUCAUCGUUCUGUGUUCAGUGUUCGUUCUGUGUGUGUUUCAUGUGCGGUGCACGGUGUGUGCGGUGUUCAGUGGAGUAACGACCACAGCUGCAAACGGACGUGUCGUGACGUACUCGAUAAGAUAAAACACACACAAUCCAAAUCGAAAUCCAAAACGAAACAGUUCAACAUCAAAUUACGAAAGUAAAUAAUCAAAAUUAAAAAUCAAAAGUGACAAAAUUAAAAGACAAGCAAAUCCAAAUCAAAAACGAAACAUCAAAUUACGAAAGUGUAAAUCAAAGGUGACAAAAUUAAAAGUUUCAAGUGUUUGCACCUUGAAAAUCCAAUCGAAGUGUUCGUUGCGGUGUCGUCCUCGUGAAGCGCGCGUGUGUGUCUGUGUGACAAAAUUUCGACGGCAUAAAAUGUAAGCCCGAGCUGCACAAGAUUCAAAAUGCGUUUCAGUGCGUGGGCCUAAAACAAAGCGCAAAGCAAAAAGCAAAGGCGAAAGCAACGUUUCAUCUGUAAAACACUCUCUUGCUCUGUCCUCUAAACUAUAGCCUAUAACUAGACCAGCAAAUACUAUAUACUACUAUAUAUAUAUAUACUAUUCGAUAUAUACAACAACUCGACAACUGUGCGUGUACUUCUUAGUCAGCUAUCUCGCAGCACAGACAAACAAGCGUAGCGUAUUAGAGCGUCCUUUCCCAUACAAAUGCUGCCAAUAAACGCCUAAAAUCAGCCCAAAUAAUAAGCCCAAAACACAACCAGAAAAUAACUGUGAUCAUAGCCUAAAACACGCAACAACAAUAACAACAAAAACAACAACAACGACCAGCAAACCAGCAACCAGCCAGAGGAAGAGGAGACAAUGAGAAUGACCAUCAGAAGCCGCUAAAGAACUCAAGGAACUCUGAACACUCAAAAGCAAAUCGAGAGCCAAAAGCGUGCCACACUCACAAUUGAUGCCCAAUUUUACUGAAUUUAUAGAUCUGCAGAUACUGUAAAUACAGUAAAUUGAAAUCAAUUGCGCAGAGCAAGAGCCAAGACGACGACAGACAAUUAAGUGGCAAAGCAGGCUGGACGGUGGUGGAUGUAAUGACAACAAUUGACGCGAUGUAGCGCAGACUUAUGGUCGGCGAACGCGACAGGGACCGUGAGGCGGUACGCUGGGCAACGGGUGAAACAACACCGCUUCAAAACAAUAAUGGAGUGUUACAAAUGGUCGGGCAAUUGCAUGGUGGACAGGCUGCUAGCCAACAGCAGCAGCAACAACAGCAACAACAACAAACUCAACAACAGCAACAGUCUAAGCAACAGCAACAGAAACUGCAGCAACAGCAACAGGAGCAACAACAACUGUUUUAUCAGCAACACGAGGCAACUGCGCGUGGACUGCAACUUGCGAGCACAGCCGACGGCGGCGAUAAUCAGCCCUAUUACGAUACAAGCGGUAAUGUCGAUUGGGAGAGAGCGAUGGGAGCCGGUGGAGCUGGUUCAUAUGGUUGCAUCGGCGGAGGUGUCACAGCAACUGGCGGCGGUGCUUAUAACAGCAAUGCAUCUAAUGCCAUCGGCGGUGCUGUCCUCAACAAUCGUCACCUGGAUUACCCUGAUGGCAGCCACCUUGCUGGCCCAUCCGCCGCAGCAGCGGCUGCUGGCCAUGGCCUGGGAGCAGCUAACACAGCUGGAGGAUCGCUGCGACUCGUCGGCGUCGGCGUCGGCGGGGGAACGUCGUCGUCUGUUGGCACUGGCGGCGGCAGCACGGGGGCCAUUGGCAAAGAAGUUCGUUACGCUCCAUUCCCAGUUACAUCACCAACGCAUUCAAAUCCCACAACUUCCCAGCAACAACUGCAACAGCUGCAGCAACAGCAACAGUUGCAACAACAAAUGGCACUCGGAGGUGGUGGUGGUGGAGCCGGCAGCGGCAUUGGUGGUGGCAGCAUUGGCGGCCCCGCUGGCAGCCUCGGCGGCGGCGGUGGCGGUGUUGGUAGUGGUGGUGUUGGUGUUGUCGGCGUCGGUGUCGGUGUCGGAGUUGUUAUGCUGCCACAAACAGGUGGAGGAGUCGGUGGAGGUGGAGGUGGCUCAAAUGCCGGCGGCAUUAGCCACAGCAAUACAACGGGCGCUCUGCAGCGGACACAUUCCAGAUCCAUGUCCUCCAUACCGCCGCCGGAGCCGUUCAUGAUAGCGCAAUCGAAGCAAAUGAACAGCCGCGUCUCCAUCAAUGUUGGUGGCGUUAAGCACGAGGUGCUCUGGCGCACCUUGGAACGCCUGCCGCACACGCGUCUCGGCCGGCUUAGGGAGUGCACCACCCAUGAGGCCAUCAUUGAGCUGUGCGACGAUUAUUCGCUCGUCGACAACGAGUACUUCUUCGAUCGCCAUCCGAAGAGCUUUAGCUCCAUUCUCAAUUUCUAUCGCACUGGCAAAUUGCACAUUGUGGAAGAGAUGUGCGUGCUUGCGUUUAGUGAUGAUCUGGAGUAUUGGGGCGUUGACGAACUCUAUCUCGAAUCAUGCUGUCAGCACAAAUACCAUCAACGCAAAGAGAAUGUGCACGAGGAGAUGCGCAAGGAAGCCGAAUCAUUGCGUCAGCGGGAUGAGGAAGAGUUCGGCGAAGGUAAAUGCGCUGAGUACCAAAAAUAUCUCUGGGAACUGCUCGAGAAGCCCAACACGAGUUUCGCUGCGCGGGUUAUCGCAGUGAUAUCCAUACUAUUCAUAGUCCUGUCUACCAUAGCCCUGACGUUGAACACCCUACCACAACUACAACACAUUGACCAUGGUACACCACAGGAUAAUCCGCAAUUGGCAAUGGUUGAGGCCGUGUGUAUCACGUGGUUUACCCUUGAGUACAUACUUAGGUUUAGCGCCUCGCCGGACAAGUGGAAGUUCUUUAAGGGCGGCCUUAACAUAAUCGAUCUAUUGGCAAUACUCCCAUACUUUGUUUCGUUAUUUUUAUUGGAAACGAAUAAGAAUGCAACGGACCAGUUCCAGGAUGUGCGCCGGGUGGUGCAAGUAUUCCGCAUCAUGCGCAUCCUGCGAAUCCUUAAGCUGGCCCGUCACUCAACGGGCCUGCAGUCGUUAGGCUUUACGCUGCGUAACUCAUAUAAGGAACUCGGUCUACUAAUGCUGUUCCUGGCCAUGGGCGUUCUCAUAUUUUCUUCGCUGGCAUAUUUUGCCGAAAAGGAUGAAAAGGAUACAAAAUUCGUUUCAAUACCGGAAACAUUUUGGUGGGCGGGUAUUACAAUGACAACUGUUGGCUACGGGGACAUCUAUCCCACAACUGCACUGGGAAAGGUUAUUGGUACUGUGUGUUGCAUAUGCGGUGUUCUGGUAAUCGCUUUGCCUAUUCCCAUCAUCGUUAACAAUUUUGCUGAAUUUUAUAAGAAUCAGAUGCGACGCGAGAAGGCCCUCAAGCGACGCGAGGCGCUCGAUCGUGCCAAACGCGAGGGUAGCAUUGUCUCCUUCCAUCAUAUCAAUCUAAAAGAUGCGUUCGCCAAAUCAAUGGAUCUCAUCGAUGUGAUUGUCGACACAGGCAAGCAAACAAAUGUUGUGCAUCCGAAAGGUAAAAGACAAAGCACCCCCAAUAUAGGCAGGCAAACCCUUGACGUGCAAAGCGCUCCAGGCGAGAAAAAUACUUUGAUUGAGUCACCGCCGUUGCCCUCAUUCGGCACGCCACGUCGGAGAGCGUUGUCGGCUCGCAUUCAGGAGCUGAAUCGCAGUUUGCUGGAGGAGCGCGAGGCGCAGCAGCAGAAUAGCUCCAGCGACAACGAGGACAGUCGUUAGUCGCAAUGGCAGGGCAGGUGCAACCACAGCAACAACAACCAGAACCCAAGAGCCACCACCACAACCAAAGCCACAACCAUAAAACAGAAACAACCACAAGAACAACCACAACCAGAGCCACGUGACACUAAGCCUAAAUUUAGCCUAUAACUAAACUAGUUGAUGAGAGAGAGUUAUCGUAAAGCUAAACUGUUAUUGUAUAUGUAAAUUAGACAAAUGCAACUUGUUAUGUACCAACUACACACACACACACACAUCGAACACAAACACACACACACACUCAAUCUAGUCUUAGCCAAAAAAAAGUAAAAACGAAUUGUUAUUGUAAAUGUGUAUGAGAGCAAACCAAAGAACUUCCCUUUAUACUCUAUACCUAUAGCUAAACCAAAAGAGAAAAUCCAGUUCCACUGUUCAUAGUUAGUGCUAGUUUUUUAGACAUUGGCUUCCAGUUUGCCAUUUGCCAUUUGCUGCUAAGAAAACCCCAAUCAAAAAUCUAGAAUCAAUUAUACUUGAUGAUGUACGCGAACUUCCGUUUUAGGCUAUCGAAAUUCAAUGUUGUGAUUAAAUGUAAAUGCUUCUAGGCGCCAUGAAUACAAUCAGACACUCACACACACCACAAUCACACACACACACUCACACACACCCGCUCAUACACACAUGCCGCUCUCUCUGCUUGUAAACACUUUGCAAGUGUCACGCGUUGCGCAUACGCAACGUUGGCACUUGACUUUUUUCAUUUCUCGUACGCCGCCGUAUUGAAAGUUUUGCUGAUUCUCGUAUUGCCAACUUUAUUUUAUUAUUUCUUGUUUUUUGUUCAUUUUGUGGAACUAAAUGCCAUCAGCACUUGAAAAUAUUAUUGAAAUGUUGUAAGAAAUGAAAUGAAAAGUGUCGAUAACGAUCACUUAUCGAUAACACUGCUCCCAAUUCGGUAUCGCAUCUGCUCAAAUUUGCUGAUGUUUUUUGUGUACAUUUGUUUUCGUCACUACCUUUUUGUUGCCUUCUUUCAGCUGCCAAUUCGAUUUUCAUUUGCAUUCUUCUACUAUUUUUGAAAACUUUAAAGCAAAACUUUCAAGAGCUUCUUCCAUGUGUGUGUGUUUCCACUGUCGCGCAUCUGGGUGACAGUGGAAACACGUGAUGCAGGCAGCGUGAUGCUGCUGUGUGUAUGUGGCAACCUUGAACGGAGUGUUUCCCAUUCCCAAAAAUGCUAACAACACGCCACUUAAAAUACCCAAAAUGUUGACAAAACAAUCCGCGUAAGCACAAUUUUAAUUUAGUACGUAACUUAAACGUAGCUAUUAACUAGGCCUAUAACUAUAGCAAGGAAAACCAAAAAGUGAAACUUCCAGGCAUUUGUUGAGCACAAUAGUCAAAAAAAAAAGAAAAGAUCUUCGGCAAGCCGAGGCGAAUAUGUCCUGACAGAAAGAGAAAAAUAAUUUUUCCUGCCAGAACAUACAUUGAGAAUCCCUCCAAAAGUUGAUUGCAGAUAACUGUAGUACUGAUCCUGGGCCAGCAAAAAACAAACAAGAAAACAAAAGUGGGUUCAAUUGUUCCCAGCCACAUUUAAUGCGAAAACAUAACAAAAGAAAGAAGUCAGCCUUAUUUAUGAAAUUAGUUGUUGUAGCCGAAAGAGACUAAGCUUAGAUUUAUAAUUUAGUGACCGCAUCAAAAUUGUAUGUAGCUAAAAAUAUAUAUAUAUAUACAGACAUACAAAUUAUAUAUAUAUAUACUUAUGAUAUAUAUUCAAUAUAUUUAUAAAUUGAUACUUAGCAAAUGAUGGCAAAAUGUUCCUAAAAAUGCAAAGGUCAAAAGUUCAGAAAUAAAUCCAAGAAAGCAACAGCAAAAACAGCAAAAGCUUAAUAUUAUAAUAAAUUAAUUCAAUUAACGUAUAAUAUUAAUAUUAACAAAUGCCUUAUUUAAAAGCAGAACGCGCUUAGUUUGCAGCAACAAGAACAACUUAAAACAGCAAUAUAAUAUUUUAAUGUUUCUUUCCUUCAAAUGAAACAAUAAACUAAGACUACGUAAAUACUUAUUUAUCCAUAGCAGUCGCAAAUUGCAGAGCAAAGUUCUAUUAAGUGUUUAACAAAUUGUAGUUCUAAGCUAAACGCGCUGAGCAGAGUUAAAUAAAGUUAUACAAAAACCAAAAAACGAAAAACCCAAAAACAAAAUGCGAAAUAUAUAAAGCUCAUAUGUGAAUAACUAAAGAAAUAACUUAAUGAUUUGUUCCUUUAUUUUCUUUGGGAUUUCAGUUUAAAUAAAACAAAAAUGAAAAAUAUUUCUCUUGAUUUGCAAAUUGAAUUCGAAAUUCGAAUAUUGUUCAAAUAUUUCUAUCAUUGUGCACAGUUCGAAAUUGUCAAGUAACAAAAAUCGGAUCGGAUGCAAAAUGUUUCAAGCGACAUCUGCCUUUUACGUGCCUUUUACUUCUUUCUUCAAGAAAUAUGCUAACAAAAAAAAAACCGAAAGCCAAUUUAAUUUCCGUGUGUGUGUCUCUCCUUUUUAUUAUCUUUCAUUUUCCUUUCCUUUGUUUUGUGUGUGUCUCUAAAAGCGUCUAAGAGUGAAGAAGAAAAUAUAAACGCUGCAUGCAUCUCUAUCAAUUCUAUUCUAUUCUAUUCUAUCUAUCAACAUCUUUAUUGUAUCGUAUCGUAUCGUAUCGUAUAGAAACUUUACGCUCCUUAUGCUCAAGCCAUGUAUGAACAACAACAAUAACUACUACCAACAGCAACAACAAGAACAUAUAUUAAAUUACUGUUACUAAUCGAAAUUGUAAUCGUAAUUCUCCCCCAACCUUAAAAAAUACUUGUGUCUGCAUUCAUUGUAUAUCUGUACUACUGUAAAAGCCCCGCAACUUUGUGUGUCUGUGAAUUAGCAAUAAAACCAAAACCUAAUACGCUGUAUUUCAUUUGACUUUGCUAAAGCGAUAACUAUCGUGCUGCUACUAUCGAAACUAAACAUACUAUCGCUUGGUUUAAUGUUUGACAAGAAGCAUAGCGAUGACUAUCGUUUUACUACUAUCGUAACUAACUAUCGAAACUAAACAUACUAUCGCUUAGUUUAAUGUUUAACAAGAAGCAAAGCGAUGACUAUCGUUUUUCUACUAUCGUAACUAACUAUCGAAACUAAACAUACUAUCGCUUGGUUUAAUGUUUGACAAGAUGCUGAACAUGCGUUAUACUCCGUUAUAUUCGUAUCUGUGCUUUAAUUGUGCGACUCUCUGUCAAGCCUUGAACUAUUUUGAAAAUUUAUACUCUAUGCGUAAUUUAAUCCAUAAUCCCCAAAGCCAAUGAAAAAAGGUAAACAAACCAUAAAUUUGUCGCUCAACUAAUUUAAGCUUUUCAUCAGAAAGAGCUUUGCUCUCUUUCAAUUUGAUUUCAUUUACCAAAACAAAUAACAACGACAUCAAUUUGUGCUCUGCUUGUUAUCAUAAAACCAUUCUACAAAACGAGAGUGUGAGAAGUUUAUUUAUUUUUAUUGCGCAUCACAUAGUUUUCCGUUUGAUUUGAUUUGAGCAUUUUAGCAAAAAAAAAAAAAUACAAUAAAAUAAAAUUACACUCACACAGACACAAUCCGAAUGCGUAAAUGACCAUGAAAUGUGACUUUGUCUAUAAACUAAAAAUAAGUCCUGUCUUUUCAUACAUUUGUUUUGCCGAGCAAACAUCAUAAAAAACUUUUAUAUAUUUCUUUUUUAUUUUCUUUCAAAAUCGUUCACUUAAAUCAUUAAAAUCGAAGGAAAUAGAACUAAAUAAAAUAGAGGUUAAAUUGACAGCUUUUUUCUCUCUCGACUAAUUCUACAUUUAAGCGGCAGCUCUAUACAAUUUUAAAAUUAAAUCCCUAUUUUCCUCCAAAACUGUUAUUUCGUUGUGCUAACCAACUUUAGCUAGCUCACAGUUGAUUGUUAACUAGUCUCACUCUAUACUUUAAAGAUUACAAAUAAAUGUUGUUCUCAUAUAUACACACACACUUACACACACUAACAAUUAGCUAACAAACAAAUUAUAUUCGUCGUUUAAUGUUGUUCUUACUGUAAACUUAACUACUGUUAACAAAUUAUACUCGUAAAAGUUUCUAGUCGUCGUCAUUUAACCAUCAACGUCGUCUCUCGCCAUCGUCGUCGUGAAUUACUAAGAAAAAUAGUUCAUAGCAUACUAACAUUAUCGUAUAACGACAUUCAUAAAGUGCAUAUCUCUUUCUUUUAUUCCUUUUAAUUUGUAUUUCGUCUCAUCAACAAAUCGAAUCCCAAAUAAAACGCUCAACAACAAUCAUAAAAAUAUAAAACCAAAUCCAACUCAACAAAACCAAUUCCACAAAUGGCGAAUGACAAUUGCAAAACGGCUAAACAAAUAAAAUGAAACGUUGAAAAUCAUUAAAAUAUAUUUUGCAAAUGGCGACAAAAAAUGCAUUCAUGGCUUUUUGCGUGUGCUACCCCCAACAACAACAAAAAAAAACCACCCGACAACAACAACUACAACACAACAACCAUCCAACUCGAAACAACAUUCAACUAAUGUGUUGUGAAUUCAUUCCGAAUGAAUUGCGACAAAUAAUCCUCUAACACAAACACACACACACGUACACCUAACACACACCUGCACACCCACACACACACAUACACACACAUUCGCA